AUGAUUUCAUUUAUUCAACAUGAAGCAGCUGAAAAAAUUGAAGAAAUUGAAGUAGAAACUGAAGAAGAAUUUAAUAUAGAAAAAAGUCGUUUAGUAUCUCAACAACAUAUUAAAAUAAUUGAAUAUUAUAAUAAAAAAGAAAAACAAAUUGAAUUAAAAGGAAAAAUUCAUCAUUCAAUUAUAGCUAAUGCAAAUCGACUUUUAAAUUUACAAGCUCGUGAUGAUUAUGUUCAAGCUUUAAAAGAAGAAGCUCGAAAACAAUUAUCUAUAUUAACAAAAAAUCGAUCGAAAUAUAUAUAUAUUCUAUCGAAUCUGAUAACAGAAGGUCUUUUUGUACUUAUGGAAGAAAAUAUUAGAAUAAAAUGCCGAGAAGAUGAUUAUGGUCUUGUUCAACGACUUAUUCCUGAUUCAAUACGACGAUAUAAACGAGUUUUGCAACAAAUUAAUAUUCAAGUUACAGUUGAUGACAAAAGUUUCUUAUCUGAUGAUUUAGCUGGUGGUGUUGAGCUUUAUGGAAUGGAUGAUAAGAUCUAUUUAUCAAAUACAAUUGAAGCUCGUCUUGAGAUAAUAUUUCAUAAUAUCUUACCUGAAAUUCGACGAGACUUAUUUGGUAUAAAUCAAAAUCGAAAAUAUAAUUAUUAG